UUUUGCUGAUUACACGUUUGGUCCCUGACGCCCCUGUAAACGUUAUAUUAGUAUGCGUGUAUAUCUGAACGACUAUAUUUUUUUUCUGGUACUAUUCAACCACUCGCACACUUUAGGCUGAAAACAUGGAGUCAGCCUUGGUGAAGAUGACCAGAAGUAUCAUGGAUUGUUGCAUUUGUGUUACUGUUAUACUACUUUUAGCCAACAGCGCAAAUGUUUCAGGUGAGAGUCCGACUACACAUAGCGCACCAUUAAACGAAUGCCCGGUCAAGUUACACAUAGAUGGAGAGCAGGGGCCAUCGGCCCGGAUAUCCGACUGUUCUUCAGGCAAGCCAGUGUCACUUUUUACUGAAGGAAUUGCAGAGGAAAUUGAAGUCAAGGACAACGUUUUACCCGCCUUAACACCAAGUUUAUUUUCAAACGUGCCGCCAACAAUUAACUUUGUUAGGCCCGAUCAAAAAGUGGAGGAACUUCCCCAAACAAUACGAGACCGUUUAAAGUAUUAUGCUAGCCCAUCUUCACCUAUUGCCUAUUACGUUUCUUUUUCUGGGUUUACCCAAACUCAAGAUGUGUGGGAAUACACAGUAUUUUACGGUCUGCCCUAUCAAAUCAACAUGGCGAGGGACUAUCUGUCCGUCCUACCGCACCAAAAGUUCAACCACAUCCCAGACAGUUGGGCCUUGGGUUGCAAAGAUCAACUAGGGCGUAAUCUUCAAAGGUUCAAAGCAAAAUACGGCGAAGAAGACUAUGGGAUCUUCCCAGAGACGUUUGUUUUACCAGAAGACAAGGUUGCUCUGAAGAGAGCAUGGAAUAGCAGCAACAAACACCGGACCUGGCUCUUGAAACCGCCGUGCGCGUUUGGGGGAAGAGGGAUUGAAGUAGUCCAAGACUGGAAGAAGGUUCCCAAAAAGGAACACACCGUUGUUCAAAGGUAUAUAUCCAAUCCACUGUUGGUUAACGGAUCCAAGAUUGAUUUAAGGGUAUAUGUCCAUGUCACCAGUAUUAACCCUCUUCGGAUAUAUGUCAACCCCGAGGGUCUUGUGAGGAUAUCAGUUGAAAAGUACACUAUGAAAGAUAUCAAUAACAGGGCAAUACAUCUGACAAACAAAGACAUCAACGAUAAAAACUCGCUAUACUACGUGGAUGAACAAUUGACAGAAGGAAAUCGACGAUCGUUAACAUGGCUGUGGGACCACUUAAAAGAGAACUAUGGGGUGGAACGCCAGCCCAUUUGGGACAGAAUCAAAGACCUUGUCAUCAAAACCGUUCUAAGUGGGGAGGAUACAAUGCAAAGGAGUACCCAACACUUUAUUAGGAACCGGUACAGCGUGCAUGAAUUAUUUGCCUUUGAUAUUCUUCUCGAUGGAAACAUGAAACCGUGGGUUAUGGAAGUUAAUGUAUCACCUAGGUUCACGACAAAUGUCUUCACUAAGUUGAUAGAUCCCUUGCUGACGUCUAUGUUAAACCUAGCUGGUAUUCAGAUUCCAGCUGUAGACAUGCUGCCAAAUCUGAAACACAGCCCAGAGACAGUUCCCAAGAACCUGCUCAUGGACCGUAGACUGUGGACACAGCAGCUAACCGAGGAAGAAAAGGAAAAACAUCAGACGUACACGACCAUCACAGAUCAGUUGCAGACGACACUAUCUACAAUACUGGAUACACUCACACCCGAUGAUAUGCGAAUGUUGAUUGAAACGGUGGACGAAAACAACCGAAGAGGACAAUUCGAAAGGAUGGAAUAUGGAAUAUGGAAGGAUGGGAAUCAACACCAGAGACUAAGAUAUAUCACAGAUUCUUUGAGCGGCCAAGAUAUUACAAUAUUCUCCUUGACCAAUGGAUUCAACGUUAUCAUCAAAACGAAGAGGAGGGGAUACAAAUUCUGA